UAGUGGGGGUGGGGAGGCAGACGACGAACUAGCAAGAUAACUUCCAAUGGUGCUGAGCUUACGACAGUAAUAAAACAGCGAUGUGUGCGGUUUACCGGGGGACGGAACAGCCAGGGAAGGCCCUUGUCCUGGCUAGGUGGAUGAGUGGGCAUCAUGGACAAAUCGAAAGAAAACUGCAUUUCAGGGAUGGUCAAGCCUACAGUUCCGCCUGGUGACGGCCCGAAGCGCGUCCCGGUGCCUCAGCAGUUCCCCCCGCAGCACCCCGUAUCUGCAAACAGUGGCCAGGCGCAGAGGGUCCUGUGUCCUUCAAAUUCCUCCCACCGGCCUCCUCCGCAAGCACAGAAGCUUGUCUCCAGCCACAAACCGGUUCAGAAUCUGAAGCAGAAGCAGUUGCAGGCAACCAGUGCCCCUCGCCCCGUCUCCAAGCCACUGCAUAACCCGCAGAAGAGUGAGCAGCCCCAGCCAGCUGCCCCUGGAAAUAAUUCUGAAAAGGAACAGGCAUCGAAGCAGAAAAAUGAAGAAUCAAAAAAAAGGCAAUGGGCUUUAGAAGAUUUUGAAAUUGGUCGCCCUCUGGGCAAAGGAAAGUUUGGGAAUGUUUACUUGGCGAGAGAAAAGCAAAGCAAGUUCAUCUUGGCUCUGAAAGUCUUAUUCAAGGCUCAGCUGGAGAAAGCAGGCGUCGAGCAUCAGCUGAGAAGGGAAGUCGAAAUACAGUCCCACCUCAGGCACCCAAACAUCCUCCGGCUGUACGGCUAUUUCCACGAUGCCACCAGAGUUUACCUAAUUCUGGAGUACGCGCCCCUCGGAGCCGUCUACAGAGAACUCCAGAAGCUGUCCCGGUUCGAUGAGCGGAGGACCGCCACGUAUAUCACAGAAUUGGCAGAUGCCCUGUCUUACUGCCAUUCAAAGAGAGUUAUUCACAGAGACAUUAAACCAGAGAAUCUGCUCCUUGGAUCAGCUGGAGAGCUUAAGAUUGCAGAUUUUGGGUGGUCCGUACAUGCCCCGUCGUCCAGGAGAACCACCCUGUGCGGCACACUGGACUACCUGCCGCCUGAGAUGAUCGAAGGCCGGAUGCACGACGAGAAGGUGGAUCUCUGGAGCCUGGGGGUUCUUUGCUAUGAGUUUUUAGUGGGGAAGCCCCCUUUUGAGGCAAGCACAUACCAAGAGACCUACAGAAGGAUAUCGCGGGUUGAAUUCACGUUCCCCGACUUCGUACCAGAGGGAGCCAGGGACCUCAUUUCAAAACUGUUGAUGCACAACCCCAGCCAGAGGCCGACCCUGAAGGAAGUGCUCGAGCACCCCUGGAUUGCCGCUAACUCCUCCAAACCGCCGAGCAGCCAGAAAAACAGAGAGUCAGCCGGCAAGCAGGCUUAAGGCUCCUGCGGGGGAGGACCCUGGGAGCCCGGGCUGCUGUGGGACCCGCUGGAAACACACCUCUUGACCUGCCUUGACGCCGACGGCCUGCCUGCUACCUGCAGCCCUGUGGAGAAUAAAUAUAUGCACGUUAUUUUACUGAGCAGGCCGUACGUCGUGCUCCCCACCGGAAGUUCCACCUCAGUAAACGUGCCACUGAAGUAAAAGUCGCCACGAGAAUUGUGCUGACUUCACUGGUUUCAUCAUCACGAGGCGAGGUUCAAGGGCAGCCGCCCUGCAGCCUGUUUGGACUAAGGCAUCCUUGCCAAAGGUGACCUGGAGCCCAUGGUGGCAGUGGCCCCUGUGCUGUGACCCGGUCGGUACAGCGCUGUGCAAUAACCUCCCAAGUUCCUGAGCGUGUGUGUAAUUUAUUGGGUGGCCACACCUGGGAAAGCUGUCGGAAUGAGUAUGUGACUUUUAAAUAUUAAAAUAAAGAGAUGUGCGUAGACUGUGUCCUUCCGGAACGCUCUGUCGCCCCUACACCUGCCGUCUGGUCCUCCCUAACCACUCAUCUUUUGUCCGAGACUGUAAACUGGGGGCACGUGCUCUACCUCCAUCGCGGGACUUGCUCGGGACGCAGAGGAGACGUGUGUUCCGGCCAGUUCUAAAUGUUCAGGGCUUUUACAAAAUGUUGAUGUUUUACA